AGUAGGCUGGUAUGAAACAGGGGAGUGAAGUGUUGUGACUCUCCUGUGCCUGUAGCUGAUAGCAGCCAUGCAAGCACAAAACCACAGAUGGAUCUCUUUCUUCUCUUUCCUGCUCUUCUGUGCUUCCUCCAGCCCAACACAGGAAGGUACAAGGCUGCUGCAGGAGCUGAGCCCUAAGGAGUAUUUCAGUAGCUUGCAAGCUGGUAGAGCAUCCCUGGCUUAUUUCAGCCCUAAGGUUUCUCCUGGUGCUCAGCCCUUCUUGGAGCAGAUUGAGAACUCGGCCGAGGCCCUCCAGGACUAUGGCAUUUCGGUGGUGAAGGUUCAUUGUCCCAAAGAGGAUGCCUCAAGAUACUGUGGAAAAGAAAAUGCAUUAAGAAAAGCCUACCUGUUCAGAGCUAAUGUGCUGAUCAGAGAGUUCCCUACUGAUGCUUUGUUUGACGUGAACUCCAUCGUUGCUAACGUCCUCUUUGCCCUGCUCUUUAAUGAAGUGAAAUACGUUGAAACCCUGGCAGAUCUUCAGAACAUUGAGAACACACUGAAGGGAAAGUCAAACAUGGUCUUCACCUACGUACCAGCAACUGGGACAGCAGAGCACAGAGCUGUGAUGGAGGCAGCUUUUGUCUAUGGGACUGUCCACCAGUUUGUUCUGACAACUGAGGCAAUGCUGUUGAAGGACUCUGGAAAUGAUGAUGUGUCAUCUGCCAAGAUGUUGUUCUGCCACUGCCAGCUGGUCACAGACCUGUCAGAGCCCUGCAGGAGGACACCCAUGGAGCAGACUCUGACAUUGCUCAACAUCCACAGGCACCUCAAGCUCAUGGGGGCUCCUCUGGUGACAGAGGUGGCUGAGGACCCAGAGAAGGUUUCCACCGUUCACUUACAGCUUGGACUACCACUCGUCUUCAUCCUCAGCCAGAAAGAGACUUAUGAGGCUGACAGGAGGACAGCAGAAUUUGUGGCCUGGAGGCUCCUGGGGAAAGCAGGAGUUGCCCUUUUGUCCAGGGACCUCCUAGAUUUGAACAUUCUGCUCCGGUCCAAAGUCGCUCUCAAGACACCAGAGGAGGGAGUGCCUAUCAAAUACCUAGUCUUGGAAGACACUGAUGAAGUUAUAACCCUGGUUGAAGAUACGAACAAAAUUGAGCAAAUCCAGGAGGAGGAGGAGGAGGAAGAAGAGGAGGAGGAGGAUAUUAAAGAGAGUAGCAAUCAAGACAUCCAAGAUGAUCAGGUGGUGGAAGCAGUUUCCAGGGACAAGAAGCGAGAGCUGCCUCUGGAGAAGAUCCAAGUCCUGACAGAGGAGAACUUCAGCUCUGCCCUCCUGGAGACCACCCGGACUGUUGUCCUGUUUUAUGCCAGCUGGGAGGCAGUGUCCCUGGCAGUGCUGCAGUCUUACACUGAGGUGGCUGAUCACCUGAAAGGAACUGAGGGGCUUUUGCUCUCUGCAGUCAACUGCUGGGACUGGCCUGGUGUUUGCAGGAUGGAGAACGUCACACAGUUUCCUACCAUCAAGAUCUAUGAGAAGGGAGAGCGGUCAGUGGUGUACAAUGGCAUGUGGGGGACUGAACAGUUGACCAGCUUCAUCAUGCUGAGCCAAGUUUCCUGCCCUUUGAAGCUGGCCACGAUUGAUGAAGCAGAAAGAUAUUUAAGAGGAGAAUUUCCCUCUGAGCUGUCAUCCUAUCACCACACUUCCAUUCUAGGAGUAUUUAGCACAGCCACGAGUGAAGCCAGGGAAGCUUUUGAAGAGGCAGGAAACAUCCUAAGUGGCCACGUAACGAUGGGGAUGUAUUUAGAAGAUGAUGCCUUGGCUUUAUCCCACAAGUACGCAGUGUCCCCGCCAGCCAUCCUCCUUGCCAGGAGUGGAGGUCAGAGCGUGGAAGGCAUCGCUUUGGCCAAAGAGAAGACGCAGGAGAUGGUGCAGAUGAUCAGAUAUGAAUUGCUGGAUGCUUUUCCAGAAAUCACCGUGCAGAAUCUACCCCACUACUUGCAACUCAGGAAGCCCUUCCUCAUCCUGUUCAGCGACGGUGGCAUCGAUCAAAUGGAAAGUGAGGAAAUGCUGAAGCUGGCAAAAGGCAGAGCCCAGCAAGCAUUUGUGGCUUGCUGGUUGAGCUUGAAGAAAACUCCAGUGGGACGCGGGAUCCUGAAGGCCUACUUUGCCACCAUACCUACUCUGCCUGUCCUCAUCUGGGUCAACCUUCAUGCUGGAGGUCAGGUAUUCAAGUUCCCACCAGAGCAGUCCAUCACUGAAAUGAACAUCUUAUCUUGGCUGGAGAAACUAAAAGCAGGACUGGAGAUUCCCAGCAGUACCUUGUCUGAAGAAGACUGGAAGCCACCUCUCCCUGCUUAUGACUUCCUUCAGAUGAUGGAUACAGCUGAGCCUUCCCUCCACAACUCCCACCAGCAUGGAGACACACCAUCACAGAGCUCGCCAGAAAGCCUGAGAGGGGACAGCACCAUCCAGGAGGAGCCAUCCCAGGAGACCAAGGCAGAGAAAGUUGGAUCCCCCGGGAGGGACCUGCGGGGAACAGCCCCAAGACUGGCAGCAAGGGAGAAGCAGGGCAAGAGGCACAGUGAGCUCUGAGAGCUGGGCAUCCUCCUGCCUGGGGCAAGGAAAGAUGAGGGACCCUAGAAUCACAGGAUGGGUUGGGUUGGAAGGGACCUUUCAAGGUCAUCCAGUCCAGCUUCUCUGCAGUCGGCAGGGACAUCUGCAACUAGAGGAGGUUGCUCAGAGCCCCAAACAACCUGGCUUGGAAUCAUAGACUCAUAGAAUUGUUUGGGUUGGACAAAAUCUCUAGGGUCAUUGAGUCCAACCAUCAACCUAACCACCACCGUGGCCAUUAAACCAUGUUCAGGGGUGGAAACCCUCUCCCUUUCUCAUCUCUCCAUGAGCCUUUACACCAAGGAGAGAAGUCCUCAUAGCUGUAAAUUCACAGAAAAGAGAUAAAGCAGCCCCUAAGUCUCCCUGUGAGUUCCCUGCUGCAGUGCCUUGGUUGUUCUGCAGCAGCUGUAAUUUCUGAUGACACAAAUGUGUUCAUACACCCCACACCUUGGGCCUCCCAGCUGCUGUCCAGAGGUGGCCUCACUAAGGCAGAGUAGAUGUGGUUGAGAACCACCCCCCUUGACCUUCUGGCCAGACCUUUUAAUGCAACCCAGGGGACCACUGGCCUUCUUGGCCACAAGAGCACAUUUGUUGCUCAUGUGUGUGAGAGCAGAUCUGCUGCUGGAAGGAGCCCAGUGCAGCCCAGAGCUGGAGAGAGCUCAGCACGCACCAGAGGCUCAGCCACACCACAAGCUGCGCUGGAAGAGUCAAAUCAGCACAGCCUGGGCCUCUAGUUUCUGUUUGUCUCACAUAGGCGCUUUGGUUGGCCCCCAAGCAGGAAGGGGUGAGUGAUGUCAGGAGAGAAAACACAUUUCUCUCCCUCCAUGGGUGCAGCAGCAACUCUACCAUGGCGUGUCAGCAGACACUGCUCUCCAAAAGCCACGGCACCUGCAUUGUGUAGCUGGCAGGGCAAGUGUGGCCUCUACACCAGGGCUGCUUAAACUGGCACCCAUUUGUGCUUACAGAAUCCCAGCAUGAUAGGGGUUGGAGAUCAUCCAGUCCAACCCCCCUGCUGAAGCAGGGUUAUCCCCAGCAGGUUGCACAGGAUCACAAUGUUUAGGGAGGUUUGGAAUCUUUCCACAGAAGAGGACUCCACAACCCCUCUGGGCAGCCUGCUCCAGGGUCCAGCACCUCACAUCAAAGAAAGUUCUCCUCAUCUUCAGAUGGAACCUUCUGGGUUCCAGUUUGUGCCCACUGACCCUUGUUCUGUCACAGGCCACCACUGGAAAGAGUCUCACCCCAAUCUCUUGCCCUCCUAUCCUUUAGCUCUUGCUGAGCAUUGAUCAGAUUGCCUCUCAGGCUGCUCUUCCCCAGGCUAAACAGCUCCAGGUCUCUCAGCCUGUCCUCGUCACAGAGAUGCUCCAAGCCCCUCAGCAUCUUUGGAGCUUCCACUGGACUCUCUCCAGUA